CCAGUGGAGUCUCAAAAGCAAUGGGGUGUGUGUUAGAGAUGGAGAGAGAAACAAAAUGAAUGAUCUUCUCCAUGUGCUUUUCUUCCUUCUCUUCCCCAACAAAAUUUCCUGAAUUCAUUCCCUCUCCCUCCUCUCUCAUGCACAAAACUAUUAUUAUUCAUCAUAUUCACUUUCUAGGGUUUUGAAAUUGCACCACAGCUAAAGCUGAUCACAAUUCAGAUUUUUCACAUGUACCCAUAUACACAAUACAUCAUACAAGGAACAGAAUCUCAUUCACUUUUCUUUUUUUCAGAGAAUAUAAAAGACUCCUCUUUUGUUUUUCUGAUCCAAAUGGGUUCUCUUUUGACUUAAUUACCAUCCUCCCAAGAUUUCUAGAGAGAGGAAUUUUGUUUUUUUCCGCCGAACUUGGGGUGUUUUUUAUUAUGUAGAGAGAGAAAUUUUGUGGAGCGAGAUGUUGGCAAUGGAGAAGGAUUUUGAUUCGAAGCUCAGGAUUCAAGGCAGUGGCAAUUCUUCUUCUAGUGGUGGUGGAAAUGUUCAGAGAUCUAAGAGCUUUGCCUUCAAGGCUCCUCAGGAGAAUUUCACCAUCCAGGAUUUUGAAUUGGGCAAGAUCUAUGGCGUUGGGUCUUAUUCGAAGGUUGUGAGGGCAAAGAAGAAGGAUACAGGAGUUGUGUAUGCAUUGAAAAUUAUGGACAAAAAAUUCAUUACCAAAGAAAACAAAACAGCUUAUGUGAAAUUGGAACGCAUAGUGCUUGAUCAAUUGGACCAUCCUGGGGUUGUGAAGUUAUUUUUUACAUUUCAAGAUACUUUUUCACUAUACAUGGCACUCGAAUCUUGUGAAGGUGGAGAACUUUUUGACCAAAUAACCAGAAAAGGUCGUCUGUCAGAGGAUGAAGCUCGCUUCUAUGCUGCAGAAGUUGUAGAUGCACUAGAAUAUAUACAUAGCAUGGGAUUGAUACAUCGUGAUAUUAAGCCAGAAAACUUGUUACUUAGUGCGGAAGGCCAUAUUAAAAUUGCUGAUUUUGGGAGUGUGAAGCCCAUGCAAGAUAGCCGAAUUACUGUGCUGCCUAAUGCUGCUUCUGAUGACAAGGCAUGCACAUUUGUGGGGACUGCGGCUUAUGUUCCUCCAGAAGUUCUUAACUCUUCUCCUGCAACUUUCGGAAAUGAUCUCUGGGCUCUUGGAUGCACCUUGUACCAAAUGCUUUCUGGAACAUCUCCUUUUAAAGAUGCCAGUGAGUGGCUUAUUUUUCAGAGGAUUAUAGCCAGAGAUAUAAGGUUUCCAGGUUACUUUUCAGAGGAAGCCAGAGAUAUUAUUGACCGGUUACUGGACACAGAUCCUGGUAGAAGACCAGGUGCUGGACCUGAUGGUUAUGCUGUGCUUAAGAUGCAUCCUUUCUUUAAGGGAGUCAACUGGAAGAAUGUAAGAGAGCAGACUCCCCCCCGACUUGCUCUGGAGUCUACGGCUACACCAGGUGAAGGUGAUGGUGCUCCUGAUUCUUCAUGGAACCCGUCACAUAUUGGGGAUGGUUCUGCAGGACAAAAUGAUGGAAAUUGUGGUGCCUCAUCGUCUGAAGCAUCUGGUCAUAUAACUAGACUUGCUUCAAUCGACUCUUUUGAUUCAAAAUGGCAACAAUUUUUGGAUCCUGGGGAAUCUGUUCUCAUGAUCUCCAUGGUAAGGAAAUUGCAAAAGUUGACAAGCAAAAAGGUGCAACUUAUCCUUACCAACAAGCCUAAGUUGAUUUAUGUUGACCCUUCCAAACUAGUGGUUAAGGGAAACAUUAUAUGGUCCGACAAUUCUAAUGACCUCAGUAUUCAAGUUACCAGCCCUUCAAAUUUCAAGAUCAUAACGCCCAAGAAGGUGUUGUCAUUUGAGGAUGCAAAACAGAGAGCAUGGCAGUGGAAAAAGGCCAUUGAGAGUCUGCAAAACCGGUGAAGUCCAAUAUAUUCAGUAGAGAGGCAUGGGUUCUUAAACAAUUGAAGUUGCCACCGAUUAUUUAUUUUGUGAACGAGAUUCAAGUUGCAGUUUUUGUUCGAGUUUCGGAGCUGCUCCCCAUGAGCAUUUAUCUCUUGCAAUUGGAGCUGAGCUUGCGGCGAGCUUCUCCAGUCUCCUGUUUGCUACCUUUAUACAAAAUUAACGUACAAUUGUGAAGUUCUUACUGUAGGGUUGUCCUGAGGAAAGCUAGGGUUCAUUUCUCAAGUGUAUAUCAUACAUCAGCAAGCAUAAUGAAAAGUCACUCCCAUGAAAGUUCUUCUGGUGCAAGUUGUGAACUUUUUAGAAACCCUGUGCAAGCAACUAUCUAACUUAAUUUCUAUAACAAAUCCUUGUGAACUCUACUAAUUACCUUUUGGUAAAGAUGGUUUUGGAUACUUUAUUGUUUUAGCUUUAUAAUUAAGAUUAUGCUGGUUUAUGGUU